AUGGCUUUACAGUCGAGUCCCUUGAUGCUCUUUCGAUUAUUCAUCGUAAUAAAUAUUAUGAUUGUCCAAGCAGACAACAGUGCGUCAUAUCUCGGUGCACGUUGUCGCUCCAGCAGCGAAUGUGGUGUCAGCCAUUCCCAAUGCGAGAGAGGCGUGUGUGUGUGCCAACCUUACUACGCUCGUGUUGACAACUCCACUUGUCUCGAAUCAACAUUACUGGGAUCGGAAUGUACGGUGUCAGAGCAGUGCACCCUGAAGGUGGCGUACAGUGCGUGUCUCGAAGGAGUUUGUCGAUGUAGCGAUGGCCAUCUUCAGUUCAGAAAACAUACUUGCCUCUCGCCGGCGCCACCUGGAAACGUCUGCUACAGUAACGAACAUUGUCGUUUGUGGGAUAAAGAGAGUCGUUGUGAAUUUGUUAUACUUAAUCUGUUUGGAAGAUGUUCGUGCAAUAAUUAUUAUAAACAAGUGGGUGAUAAAUGUGUACCCCAGAAAAUACCAGCGUAUGCAACAGAAGCUGUUGUAGCAGAACUAGAUUCUUUCGUUGACCCCACCAAUGCAACCGCGAUAUACAAAGAUUCAACUUUUCAACGUACGCCCAGUAUGGACAAUAAACCAUUUGCAUCCCCGCCAGCGCUCAUUAGCUCAGACGAUAUUCAACCGAGCAAUUUACCUCUAUACACAAAUAAGAAUGACGUUUUCAGUACCUAUGAAGACAGCCCUUUAAUGCAGGCUGUUAUGAAAGUACCGACGGCAGAAUCAGUAAAGCGUUUGCCAGUUUCAAAUAGAAAAGAUGGCGAACCAAACGAAAGUAUAAGAGUAGAUGAAAUGACGGCUAAUUUGCAUGCAAAUGAUCAGCCAAUUUACAGAGUUGUUACACAGCCUUCGGUGGAUAGAAAAACUAACAAAAAAGGUAGUGGUGCAACUAAGGAACAAUCGAAUAGCAAAAAAGGUGGACACCAAAAGAAGUCUUCAUUAAAAGAUAAACAUCGUAUCCGUACCGAAACUGCAUCGUCGGUGGUCGACCUCGGUCCGACAUCUUUAGGUAAUCCGUGCAUAGCAGAUGAACAGUGCCAACAAGUGGAUGUCUAUUCGCGUUGUCUUAACAAGAAAUGCGACUGCGCAUAUCGCACAAACUCCACUUCAGCAUGCUCGGCUCGUAAUAGAGGCUGCUUGCCAAACACGUUCCAAUGUCGAUCAACUGGGACGUGUAUAAGCUGGUACUUCGUGUGUGAUGGUCGUAAAGACUGUCCAGAUGGAUCAGACGAGAAAUGUGAAGGUACUGGCAGAGAGCAAACGGGAGAGCGUUGUCCAACCAAUUCGUUCAGAUGCGGAGGACCCGGUUCACCUUGUGUCUCAAGAGCUUCACGAUGUGAUGGAACCCCACAAUGUCCUGGAGGAGAAGAUGAAAAAAACUGCAGAACCACUAGACGUAAAGGAUGUCCAAGGCAUACCUUCCGAUGCGGUUCAGGUGAAUGCUUGCCGGAGUACGAAUUCUGUAACGCAAUCAUUUCAUGCAAAGACGGAUCGGACGAACCCCCACAUCUUUGCAAUGAACAAUCAAGAUGGCGUGCGGCAGACUUUUGUCCGUUCCGUUGCGGGAACGGUCGGUGCAGGAGUACUGCAGUUGCGUGUUCAGGACGCGAUGGUUGCGGGGACAACAGCGACGAAAUUGCAUGCAGUAUUUGUAAAUGUCCAGCUCCACCGCAGUCGCCUUGA